UCAAACUUGAAUCCUGUCACAGCACAACAUGCAUCAUUCUGAAUCUAUGUCCACAUUCCACAAGUACUUCCCCAGCCUAAGCCUGGACAAAGAUGAAGAUGUUCCCUUUCCAUCAGAAUCUCCUCAAGUUCUCUUCCAGCAGUCCUUCUCCAGUAAUCAUUUGGCUGCCAAGAUUCUUCAGCCAGAUGAUGAAUUCCCGAGUUUGGCAAGUUUAUCAUUGACUAAAGUGGCGAAAGUCCGAGCAUUCAGAAAUUUUCUCUCCAACUUGAACAAAACAAAGGCUUCUGGUGUGGGCAAAGGUGGACCUAAGCAUUCAUGGAGUGAUAUGCCGAAAUUCCUUCUUGCCGGUGCAGUUUCAACUGUUCUAUCCAGAACAUGUAUCGCGCCGUUGGAGAGAAUCAAGCUAGAGUGUAUUGUGCAAGGUUCUAAGCAUUCAUGGAUAGAGAUCAUCAAAUGUAUAUGGGUUUCAGAAGGUUUGAAAGGGUUUUGGAAGGGGAACAUGUUGAAUCUAUUUCGUAUGGUCCCAUUCAAAUCGAUCAACUUUAUAUGCUAUGACAUGUACCUGGAUUGUCUUCUGAGCAUGCCAGAAAAGAAGGAGAUUACAAACCAUGAUAGACUAAUUGGUGGUGGCAUCUCCGGUGUCACUGCUACCAUUUUCUGUCUCCCGCUCGAUACUAUUAGAACAAGACUGGCUGCUCCGGGUGGCGACGCAUUAGGAGGUGUGGCUGGCUGCUUCUAUCACAUGAUGCAUAAUGAAGGCUUCCUCUCUCUUUACAAAGGACUAACUCCAGCUCUGAUCAGCAUAGGACCAGCCAGUGCUGUCUUCUAUGCAGUUUACGACAUCCUGAAGACUUCGUAUCUCUUGCAUGGUAAGCAGCGAGGCAGUGAGAAAGAUAUUGGUAUUGCAAGGACCUUGCUGUAUGGAGCCAUUGCCGGAGCUUGUGCUGAAACUGUAACAUACCCGCUGGAGGUUAUCAGAAGGCAACUCCAGCUUCAGCAGUCAAGGAGUCUAGGACUGGGUCCAGCCUUCAUCAAGAUGAUACAAAGAGAAGGUGUUAGCUCACUCUUCACUGGUCUCAUUCCUAGCACUCUUCAGGUGCUGCCUUCAGCCUCUUUGAGCUAUUUAUUCUAUGAGACGAUGAAGUCUGUAUUGAAAAUCAGUUGAUCAAUUGGUAACCUCCCACUAUAUCUAUGAAUUCAAAUUCAAUUUGGUUGGCAUAGAUAACUGUUUCUAUCCUUGUUCUGGAGCUCUAGCUCAUUAUAAUAGCAGAAGAUGAUGAUCAAAGUGUUGAUAUUUUCCAUAGUAAACCAUGAAAGACGGGAGAAACUGAUAGCAGCUGCACCGGAGAAUAAAGCAUUCAUCAGUGACAAGCAAUUCAACAAAAA